CAGUAUUGUUGUGAACACWAUGCAAUAUCCUGARCCUAUGGAAAAACAAGUUGACAYAGUCUUAAAAGGAAUCAAUCAAACCUAUCCAAGAGUCAAAGUGUUUUUAGCAGCCAAAACUAGUCAAAUAAAAGAGACUGCAAAAAAAUACCCCAACAUCAAAACCAUUGCUGUCACUGAGGGAAGUUCAUCAGGAAAAGUGUGGAACCAGCUUAUCAAUGAAGUGUCAACUCCCUACACACUUGUUGCACGAGAUGUUGUUCAUUUUACUUGGGUUACACGUGUUGAACGACAAAUUCGCAUGAUAAGUACAACAGACCAUGUUGCAAUAGUUGGAGGAUCAUUCCGUAAUCUUACUGGACAUUGGCGAGUUGGAUGUCGACAAACUAAACUAUUUAACUAUGUAUUACAGUAUGAAGAAGGYUACCACUACUCAAGACACUCAUGCAUGUUUUGUGAUGACUUGGAAGGGCCAUUUGUUGCCCGAACUGAUCUUCUGAAAAACCUCAAAUUCAGYGAAAAGUAUAGCAAAGAAAUCUUAUUUGAAGAAUUCUUUCUUCGAGUUUUUCGAACUGGAAACUURAUAAUGAACUGCCCUGAUGCAAUGUAUUUCACAACAGACUACUCUACAGAAACUAAACAAAACAGCAAAGCAAUAUGGCRGCCUCUUGCAACAGACUURAAGUUAGUCCGUGUUGUGCUAGUGGAUUAUGGUGUGAGGCACAAGUUCUCRUGUGGGGAGAUUUCCUACAAGUGUAAUUAUGCAGUAACUAAGUAUGUUGCUCUGCCAAUGUGCUGUUUGGAGCAGUUUGGAAAAGCAAUGAAGUUUUUCCAAGAUUUAUCCAUUCAAGAUAAUUUACACUAUGAGCUGGAUACUGGAUCUAUUUUGGCAGCAGCAAAAUUUAACAACUACAACCCUUUUGAUAUUGAUGGCGAUGCUAUAUUAGUAUCCAAAAAUUUCUCUACUUUGUACAGCAAAGCAAGUUUAAUCAAACAAAAUGGCUUUAGCCUGUCKAGYUACCAGCCAGUCAARUCUAAGUCAGCUGGUUACUUAAGCUUUAACACGCCUGAAAUCAAUGUAGARGUAUGGGGAAUUAGCACUACAACUGCCGACAAGUUUUCCCCUCCUGAUCUUCAAGGACUCAAAUCUUAUACCAAGUGCCAAGUAAAUUACCACUGGAUUAAUUGUGCAUAUUUCCCUGUGUUGUACGCUCGUAAUCGUUAUGGACCAGAUGUUUUGAAACAUAGCCAAAGCUGGAGACAUGUCAAUAAAAAGCAUAGUUUUGAUAGGUAUACACCAGGUUCGUUUGUAAAAUGCAACGACCCAAGCUUUCAUGCUUGUCUGGACAAGUUUCCUGGUGAUGGAAAUAUUGCUUUUAAAGUAUUUUAGACUUUGGUUCAUAACCUUUUUCUUUAAAAAUAUUUGAAUUACGGGUUUUUUUGUUUGUUUGUUUGUUUGAUAAUCAGAAUAUUUAAUAUAUUUAAUAAUACUAAUUUGAAUACUACAAUUAAAUUUAUUCAGAAAGUUAAAUAGACAUACGUAUUUGGAUCAUGGAAAUCUAGCAGACAAAAAAUUGACAAAAGCUGCGUUCACAGGUGGCGAUCACAAAGAGAAACGUUAAGUUGAUUUUCCUUUUUUUCCCCACUCUAAAACGUUCCUUAAUCUAGGGACGUGGCUUAUCUAUGAGAGCAGCUUAUACWUGAGUAAAUGUGGUAAUUGUUAUAAGCAGAAUACUAUAUUACAUUUUUAAUAUUUUUGUGAAGUAGACACCUUACACUCUGUAUCCUUUUGUGUCUAUUUUAAUAUCACACUUAAAUAGUCUAAUUUUAUUUCACAGGUUUAAUGAAUUCAUUUAUUUUAGAGUGCAGGCACCAAAAGCAUUGAAAAGGACUUAACAAAGUGCCAAAUAGCACAAUAGACUAGUGUAGAUUAAGAGUGAAGUCAUCAACCAUUUGUGAAACAAUUACUACAUGUACUAMACUAUUAGGGUGUAGUAGGAUACCAAAAUGCAAAAUCAAAACCGUGUUUGCCUAAUUAGUUUGUCCCAUGUCAUAAGUUAAACUAUUGGGAGCUAAURGGAGGGAAUAGUAUUUAAUAGUACAAUUCGUAUUUCACAGAAUCGAAACCUGUAAACCUGUGAAACAAAACUUGAAUAUUUAAGUGUGAUUAUAGUCAAAUAGACACUCUAAAGAAAUAGCACACAAAGGUGUAUGUAAAUGUUAUAUCUAUUUUGCAGCUUUUUUGACUUUGCUCUAGAAACAAAGGAAUUCACAUAAUUUAAUACAAUUUAGCACUAUUUAUAAAUAACUAAGUCUUUAUGGCUUUCAUGUAUGCACUUUUUUAACUCAAAAUUUAUAGAUAGUAUAUUUAGGGACAUACUUUACUUUUUGAAUUCUAAAUAAUUUAAACAAUGGUUGAAACAAUGCUUAAAUGUAUUUUUACAAACUGCAAUGUAGCAAGAACCGRUACAAAUGCUCUAUUUUUUACGAAAACAAAAACUUCAUUUCAGUUACUCUUUGGAAAAUGAAGGGUGUUUUAUGUGUUGACAAAUAUCCAAAAGUUGUAAAUGGAAAUUUGAUAUAUUUAUAGUGUGGUUGAUGAAAUAUUAUUUUCAAAUUUAAUAAUACUUUGAUAAUUGCUAGUUU